CAUUCCAUGCCCGAGGUGAUCACAAGUGUCAGUGUUAACGCCGACAAAUUGUUGUGAAAUUUACGAACAAAUGGAGGAACAAUGUCGAGAGGAAUUCGCGUAGAAGACAGUACGUUUUUUAAGUUAUCCCCAGCACUGGAAAAAAUUGUGUUAUCAUUGAGGAGUGAUGUGACCCAUCACGAUCAGCUGAUCACAGUGUCAACAGUGAUAAUGGAGGAGGUUGGGUACUACAUCGAUGAUUCCGGUGAUGAUGAUUCAAGGCCCUUCGAUCCAGUGAAAUGGAGAGCCUCGGGGGUCUAUGAGAUCUCCAUGAGGAACAGAUUGACUGAGGACCUGGAUUUUAAGCUCGAGGCUAUUCCUGUUGGAGAUGUUCUAGUGCUCAAUGUCUCACCGAUUGAUAAAUCAGUGAAAACCAGAUCGAUGGCUGUGGAAACACUGGCUUUUAUUAAUCCAUACUCUAGUGAUCUUCCUGGUACCUACCUGGACCUGAAGAGAUUGUCCCACAGGUUUAAGGACACAUUGACAACACCGAUAAGAGACGAAAUCCUGAAUGCAGCUGAAGUUACAAAUCCAAGUCUCCUGGGACUCCCCGUGGAGAUUCAACAAAAAAUUCUCUCCUUUCUUGAUUCGAAAUCCGCUCGAAACCUCAAAUGCUGCAGCAGAAAGUUUCGAGAACUUUUCUGAACUGCGAAGUACUCCAAUCCCCGCAUUUCUACCCCUCCAUCCCAAAAAAAAAACACAUUAUUUGUAACCUUGGGGUUUUUAUAAGGACUGCCGUUUCUAAAACGAAAAUCAUUACGAAACUCUGUAAAAUAU